AUGACCACCUUAUCUGCUGACGCAACCACUGACUUGUUAGGCAAUAACAAGAGACCUUACAGUAUUGACAGUAUCCCUGGUGCCGACUCCACUAUGAAUUCAGACCUCUCUCUAAAUAAGAAACCCAAGUUAGAUGAUGCUAAGGAAGAUGUGGAAGAUGAUGAUCAAUCACUGAGUGUUUUUGCCAGGAGAGCUGAGAAUAAGAGCAAAUCAGAGAAUAUGAUAAUACCAAAAAUUCCAUCCCACCCAAUUAUUCUGAGUAAAGACCCUGAAUCAGGUAAAUAUAUCUUACCCAAAAUUAAUAAAGAGGACUCGUUGAAUGCCCGAAUGUUUCUUAAAUACUAUGGAUUAAAGAGUUUUUUAGAUUCAUUUUUACCAGAGGAAUUAAAUUCACUAUACAUUUAUUUUUUAAUCAAAUUACUAGGGUUUGAAAUAAAAGAUCGUGAUUUAUUAAAUGUUGUUUAUGAAUUCAUCGAUCCAGAUAUGCAUAUAGAUGACAAUGAGUCAUUGGAAAGAAUUGAAUACGAGGAUCCUCUAGAGAAGAAGCAGGCAGUUCGUCUCAUUAAAGAUUUACAAAAGGCUAUCAAUAAAGUUCUUUGCACAAGAUUAAGGUUAUCGAAUUUUUAUACUAUUGAACAUUUUGUCGAUAAGUUGAAGACAGCAAAUAGAAUUUUGGUCCUUACAGGGGCAGGUGUUUCCACAUCUUUGGGUAUACCUGAUUUUAGAUCAUCAGAAGGGUUUUACUCCAAAAUUAAACAUUUAGGCCUUGACGAUCCGCAAGAUGUUUUCAACUACGAUAUAUUUAUGCAGAAUCCGUCUGUGUUCUAUAAUAUUUCCCACAUGAUUUUACCACCAGAUAACAUCUACUCUCCCUUGCAUAGUUUCAUUAAGAUGCUUCAAGAUAAGGGGAAGUUGUUGAGGAAUUACACACAAAAUAUUGAUAAUUUAGAGUCAUAUGCUGGUAUCAAGGCGGAAAACUUGGUACAAUGUCAUGGGUCCUUUGCUACUGCAUCCUGUAUUACUUGUCAUUGGAAAUUACCUGGUGAAAAAAUCUUUGAGAAUAUAAGGAAAAUGGAAUUACCAUUAUGUCCAUACUGUUAUAAGAAAAGGAGAGAAUAUUUUCCCAAUGAUAAUGCUAAAUUAGAUCCAACAUUGGCGAAAAACAGCGGUAAAUUUACAGGACAAGCACUAAAAUCGUACGGUGUCUUAAAACCAGAUAUUACAUUUUUUGGUGAAGCCCUCCCAUCUAAAUUUCAUAAAACCAUUCGUGAGGAUAUUUUGAAAUGUGAUCUACUGAUUUGCAUAGGUACCAGUUUAAAAGUGGCACCUGUUUCUGAAAUUGUGAAUAUGGUUCCCGCACAUGUACCACAAGUACUAAUUAAUAGAGAUCCUGUGAGACAUGCUGAGUUUGAUUUGAACCUGUUAGGAUUUUGUGAUGAUGUUGCUGCAUUAGUAGCGCAGAAAUCAGGAUGGGAUAUUCCACACAAGAAAUGGGAAAUAUUAAAAACCGAAGUCUUUGAUUGUAUAGAAAAGGAGAAAGGAACUUAUAACAUUUCCCAACAUGAAGAUACAAAUUAA